AUGUCUAAACCUCUUACCAUCGAGUUUUCUGGGAAAUGCAUCAUAGUCACUGGGGGUAACCGUGGAAUUGGGCUUGGGUUUAGCCGCGCUCUCGCUAAGGCUGGUGCCCGAGUAGCAAUCAUCUACAAGAGUAACAAGGACGCCCCUAAAGUCGCUGAAGAUCUUGAGAAGGAAUUCAGCGUCAAAGUCAGGGCUUACAAGUGCGACGUCACCAAUGCUAAGCAGACAGUUGAGAUGUUUGAGUCCAUCGACAAAGAGCUUGGCCCCGUCACAGGUCUUAUUGCAAAUGCCGGUGUUUCUGUCGUAAAGCCUGCUCUUGAACUCACUACAGAGGACUUUAAGUACGUGUAUAAUGUUAAUGUCUUGGGCGUAUUCAACAGCGCUGUGGCUGCUGCAAAACUUUGGAAAGGGAAAAAAUUGGAGAACCUUUCCAUUGUGAUCACGUCGUCCAUAAGCUCGCAGAUCAUUAACCAAGCUGCGACAAACGAACCCUUGACGCAGGUCUUUUACAACUCCUCCAAGGCCGCUGUCUCCAACCUUACCAUGGGGUUGGCUGCUGAGUGGGCUAAUCACAACAUCAGAGUGAAUUCAGUUGCUCCUGGAUAUGUGAAGACGGACCAAACUGAUAAUUUGCCCGACGAAGUCAUUCAAUAUGAAAAGGACCACAUUCCCAUGAGAAAAUUCGCUACGCCCGAUCAGAUCGCAGGCCAGGCACUUUUCCUCCUGUCUGAGUACGCCAGUUACAUGACUGGCGGGGAGCAUCGCGUUGAUGGCGGCCAGCUUAUCUGGUAAAUUUGCUUGUCGUCUCAAAAGAGCCGUGAUCAAUGGUGUG